AUGAAAGGAGAAAUUAAUUUGAGUAUUGUUGCUCCCGAUGUUGUCUGUGCAAGGUCCCGCGCCUCCAGCCGAGCGAUGGAACGCUACGAAAAGCUGGCUAAGCUUGGUGAAGGUUCCUAUGGCCUCGUAUACAAGUGUCGAAAUCGAGAGACCGGGGAGAUAGUCGCCAUCAAGAAGUUCGUGGAGAAUGAAGACGAUCCACUCAUACGAAAAAUUGCGCUUAGAGAAAUUCGGAUGCUGAAGAACCUGAAACACCCAAACCUCGUGAACCUGAUCGAAGUGUUCCGCCGCAAACGCAAGCUGCAUCUAGUCUUUGAGUACUGCGACCACACCGUGCUUCAUGAAAUGGAGAAGUACCCAGCUGGCUGUCCCGAGCUCCUCUCAAAGCAGAUUAUAUGGCAGACGCUUCAAGGCGUGGCGUAUUGUCACAGACACAACUGCAUACAUCGAGAUGUGAAACCGGAAAACAUUCUGCUGACCGGCGAUGGUGUGGUCAAGUUAUGCGAUUUUGGCUUCGCGAGGAUGAUCAGUGGCACAUGUUCAUCAGAAUACUCAGUCCACACCAUGAUCCCAUUUGGAGUUGACGUCAGAAGGAGAGCCAGUCCGGGUGAGAGCUACACGGAUUAUGUGGCGACUCGAUGGUAUCGUGCACCCGAGUUACUUGUAGGAGAUACUAUGUAUAGCAUGCCGGUUGACGUAUGGGCUAUUGGCUGUGUGUUUGCGGAGUUACUCUCAAGUGAAGCUCUUUGGCCGGGGAAGAGUGACUUGGACCAGCUGUAUUUAAUCAGAAAAACACUUGGAGAUCUCUUACCGAGACACAUGACGAUUUUCUCACAGAAUUCAUUUUUUCAAGGCUUGGCGUUACCAGAACCGACAACAGUUGAGAACCUGGAGAAGAAAAUCCCAUCAAGAUACGCGAAUAAUGAAUUGAUUGUCGACUUUUUGACAAGAUGCUUAGACAAAGACCCAAUGAUGCGUUGGAGUUGCGAGCAGUUGUUACGUCAUCCGAUAUUCGAGAAUUUCCUCUUCGCCGUUCCUGCCUCUGAUCAUGAUGAAUACGAGAGGGUUAGACGUCAGCAGGUACAGUCAUCCCCAUUGCUGCCCCAGCUCAUAGUGAAUGAGAGAAGCCAGCCAAAAGGCAGAAAGACAGACCUGAAUUCAAGAGGACACCUACCAACUAUUUGA